AUGCAUAUCUCGAAGCUUCUGGCUGCAGGCCUUGCCUACCUGGUUACCACGUCGGCCUACCCUUACCGCGACGUUAUCUCUCGUCGUAGCGAGUGCAAAUAUCCCGUCGGAAACUGCUGGGACAAUAACUGCAAUGGAGAUGAAAAAACAUUGAUCUGUCACUCUUUGAUCAGGGCACAUAUGCUGGAUGUCAAUGCGGUUAUGGCUGUAGCAGGAACUUCUACCAGCAAUGUGAUAAAAACGGGUGCAAUGGGGUAA